AUGGCACUUGUCCUGAAAAUCUUCAGUCCAUUGGUGAAGGUUCUCAGGCUCGCAGAUGGAGAGAAGAUACCCUCACUUGGGUUUAUCUAUGGUGAGAUCUUAGUAGCUAAGAACUCGAUCAAGGAAGCUACGGAUCAGAUAGAGAGGAACUAUGAACCAAUCAUCAAGAUUAUUGACGAGAAAAUGAAAGGCAGGCUGGAUACUCCUCUUCAUAUUGCUGCUUACUUUCUUAAUCCAUUCUACUUCUACAAGAACACGGGCAUAUAUGAUAUGGAAGUCAUGCAAGCAUUCAUUUCUUGUGUUGAGACAUUCUACUAUGGAGACUUUGAUAAGCAAAAUGAAGUUGUCAAUCAAGAGGUUCAGCAAUACAGGAACAAGUCGGGUUAUUUUGGCAUGCCUUUAGCUCAAAAAGGCUGCGAGAAGAAUGAUGGAAAGUUUGAUCCAGGUCCAGUUGGAAGUACAACUCAAGCUUCAAGGGUUAGAGCCCUUUACGAUGAUGAUUUUGAAUCAGAAGAAGAGGAUGGUGGAGACAUGGAGUUUGAAGAUGAUGAAGAUCCUGUCUUCCGUGACAAUGGUUUCAUGGUUUCCGAGUUUGAUUUGGAUAAGAGAGGUUAUGGUGUAGACGUGUAG